AUGAUCCGCCAUACGAGACCCGGACGUGAGCUAUGGGUGUCGAUUUCACUAUACGCACUGUGCAUCUUGCUGCUGGUCGGGGGUAGCAGGGCGGCACCAACCUCGACUUUACCAGCAGCCGGAGCCAAGUUAGAGCCCCGGGGGAUCUUUGGUCCUAACGAGACAGCAGCGGAGGAUGAUUCUGUUCUCUGCGUCUUUCCGAUAAGCGGACAGUAUGGCUUUCUCUCUCGCCUGUUAUACUACGGCUCCCUUGUCUUUGCCAUCAUCGGACGAACCCAUAGAUGGCUUGUUCUAGGAGCGUUGGCAUCUGCUCUGGCCUUUGCAGGCUCGACUGCUAUCCACAUGUUGACGCUGGUCACUUCCAAGACACCGGCGUUUGAUCUGGACAUUCUUGCAGCAUGGUCAAUUCUGACAACGGGAUGUCUGGCCUUUGCAGCACUGAUACAUUGGUCUUCGUCUGUCAGGAACUCUGACUCGAGAAUUGUGUUGAUUCUGUGGGGUAUGAUGGUUGGCAUAGGCUGUGUGACGGGCAGGGCAUUGCUGCUGGAUGUCAAUUCCCAGGCUGAGCCGGCCUGUAGGUCCUCGAACGGGACACUUCUGAAGGCACAGUCUGAGCUGGCCAGCGGCAUGUUUAAUUGCACGUACAAGUGCUUCGGAGUCCGAACGCCGCUGAGAGAUCCAUCUGAGAUCACAGUGAUGUCAGCCAGGGUGUUUGUUGGAACGUAUUCGACAUUGACCGUGGCAUUGAUGGCUCCCAUUCUCGCUGCUGCGCAUAAGAGCAUGUCGGUGAACUUGUCUCUGCACUCGCCUUCUGAUCUGUGUGCACACUGGGUGCUGGGCUACUUGAACCAUUCUCUGAACGCCCGAUUGUCACAGCACAUCUACAACGCUGCGUGCUCGACCUGGUACGGCGGGUACAUCCUGUUGCUGCGGUAUGCGAGCACAGCCAAGUUCCAGUCCAACAAACGCCGCCUGAUAGCCAUCACACUGAUCUGUCCACUGCUCGUUAUCGACCUGGUCCUCGACAUCCUGACGCCCUUUAUCUUCAUUGCAAACAUCCUCAUCAAUGAAAUCAACCUGAUGAUCAACCACUUCCCCGUCGGAGAAGGCAUCCGUUCAAUCGGGCAGUGGUCCCCCAUGGUUUCUGCAGCGCUGGUCAUCCUCGCCGCCAUCAUCAACCAGCUCACCGAGCGCCAUCGAAUACUGAAGGAGAAGAAGAAGGCCGCAGAGUCAUCCGACCCUCACUCUGGACUGCCGGUCUGGUCUCACUCCCAGACAUGUGAAUCGCAGACCUCGACUAGUCCUUUGGUUUACGACCACAGAACCCGUCACGGAGACACUGAUCGGAAGCCAGGACAUCACCAUCACGCUCAGGAGAUCGGGGUUAUCGAGAGAGACUUCAGUCGCCAGGAGACGCUGCACACAGAGCUGGAGGACUAUCCCAAACACUCCCCCAAGGCCUAUAUACGGCCAUGA